GCGUAAUGACCUUUUGUCUCCCGGCGGUCAGGUACGGAGAGGGGGGCGGAGAUUCAGAAGGAGCCGCUUCAUAUCGGACUGGUCCCGGCGUCCCGGACGAACAAAUGGCCGUGAACCGACAGAGAGGGAGAGUGUGAUCCAGGUUUCUUUUUCUUUUCUCUCUACGAUCACACUGAGGGACAUCUCAAAUGUCCACGUAGGAGGUGAGAGAGGGCAAGAAGCGCUCUUUAUCCUCACACUCAGAACAUUUCAUCCAUCUGGCAGGAGAAUGGGAGAGUCCUGUUGACACCACGGAGAGAUACACGCUGAGACCGACUAUGGCUGUGGACGCGGCGUCCAGCUUCAGUUUUUGCCGUGCCUCCCUGGAGCACACGGUGUCUGCUGAGGAGCUGAGCUACCAGCUGCCGCGUCGCGCCGGAGGCAGCAACCUGACCUGGCACGACGGCCGCGGCCAGAGGACAGCACACACACGCACCGUCAAACUCCUGCAGCAGCCAGGCACAGAGGGCAUCCAGCUGCGUCCAGGUGAAGCCUUCACUGUGUAUCACACCAGUCCUACUCUGUCCAGUCUGUCCAAACCCGUGGUGCUGUGGACUCAGCAGGAUGUCUGCAAGUGGCUUAAGAAACACUGUCCUCACAACUACCUGACCUAUGUAGAGGCCUUCUCCCAUCAUGCUAUCACAGGACGGGCGUUGCUGCGUUUGAACGGGGAGAAGCUAGAGAGGAUGGGAAUCGUCCAGGAGACGCUGAGACAGGAGGUCCUCCAACAGGUCCUCCAGCUGCAGGUCAGAGAAGAGGUCCGCAACCUGCAGCUCCUUAGUAGAACCUCCUUUGGAAACUUCUCUUAGCUCAUCCCUGGAUCCAUUUGGCAGCCCAUUCCCUCGUCCCCGGUCACAAUACAUCUCUAGGAGCCAUGGAAGAGCUGCUGUCUUCAGAUAUGUGAGCGGAGAAUCGGCGAGUAAAAGGGGGCAGGGCGAGCCUAUAGACGACAUGCCAAACGGUCUGGAGGAUUCUCAUUCAACGCGGCCAAUCUGGUUUACAGACACUGAGACAGAGACAAAGCCCCGCUGGAGGCAGGGGUACCCACUGUAACAUAGUGAUAAGAUGUAAGAUUCACAACCCUAGUGAUGAUGUAGGCCUGUCACUGGUAUAUGCUUGAUCGCAGCAAAUCUCCUUUUGGUUUCCCGUCUCGUCCGGAUUGGACUGUUAUUUUUGACAUAUGCUGUACACGUGCACAAACAUGGUUCUCCUCUCCUAAUAAGGUCAUUACAUGAAUAACUCUUUGGCAUGGUUUUACGUAACCUUAACCUUUGAGCCCAGUGAUGCUGAAACCACGUGGAUGAUGGUUUGCAUUGUGGUGUGACCAUAGAUUUACAUACAGCGCCACCAUUUGGCCACUGGAACUAAAGUGAAGGAAACCUCUGGUCGAUGACCAUCUCAUUUUGAUGCUAUAACACCAAGCCUGCUCACAAGGAGUUAGAGCUGGCUAAUACAACCCUAAUCAAUUCCUCACCCACAGGUCACACUCACUUUUUCCUCUCAGGACUUUAGUUUCGGAGUUAUAGGUUUGGAGGAUCAACAAUAAAACUUUAAGCCGAAUGUCAUUCCAACAACCAGACUUUUUGUAUUGCGACUGAUCUGCAGUAUGUCAGUGAGAAAUUAGAAAUAUAUAUGAGCGUUGUAGAAUAACAUACACUGUAAAUCUGCGUAUACUGUAAUAGUACCUUAGUCUUUAAUUAAAGGAACGGAUCCAGAGGACACGGAGUUAAUGUGAUAAUCACUGACUGUCUAUGCUUGAUAAAGCAAUAAUUCAAAUGAUAUAAUGUGAAGAGGAGUAGCGCUGUAUGGGAUGAAUGGUUUGAGAUGCGAGUAUGAGUGUCUGCUGAGGGGAAUACACAUUUUGCCUGUUACAGCCUCAUAGCUUCUGUCCCUUGUGUGUGCUACUGUAUACUGUAUGUCAUCUCUCGCACACAGACACCGAGGAAAAGGACGAGACUCUGUUGUAGUUUAGACGCUCUGUCCCUGGUGUGACACUGUGAUUUCAAAUGCUCGGAAAUCAAAAUACUAUGACAGCUACCCAGAUGCAAGAUUCCCAGCGCAACUUGAGCGAGCACCCUUGAUGUCACUCUAGACAGCAGCAGACAGAUAUGUAUGAUGAAGAUGUUUAAGCAACAUAAAUAAAUUCAAUAAAUAAAUAAAUAAACUUCCAACAAACAAAACCUCCCCUUCCAGCAUCCUUCCAUCUGUCCUUUGACAAGAAGUCUUUGGGUAAUGUAAGUAACUGACUGUUAAAAGGGAGAAAACACACUGUAUUAUUUUUGAAUUACCAGAUGUACUGUAUAUAUGAACACUUUUGGUUUACAUUGUCAGAUGAUUGAUGAGCUGUUUGAAAUGCAAAAAAAAAAAGGAAAAAGGAAAAGUAUUUCUGCUUUACAGAUAUGAAGACAUAUGGUAUGGAACAUGAU